AUGCAUAUGUUUCCAAUUGGACGUGUUGUUUAUAUGCCAUUAACAUCCCCAACAGCUAAUACUACACCAUUUUUAACUUCAAUACCCACACAGACACAAAUAACAGAACAUCAUCAUCCACCAUCUCAUACGACAACACUGGUACCAUUACAUGAAACCGCUCAUAACGUUAAUUUAACACCAUUGUACAAUACUUUAUUAACAAAUUUGACAAUGUUCGAACAUAAUACAUUAAAACGUUCACCAUUAUCCACAACAUCAACAAAUAGACUUAAACGAUCACACGAUGAUUCUGAUACAAAUCGUCGAAAAAAACGUACAAAAUUAUCAUCUUCAUCUCCAAAUAGUGAUGGAACAACUUCUUCUACGACUAACACUACACCACCAUCAUCAAAAAAUUCCUUAAUGAUGUUACAUGAAUUUAAACCAAAUGUUGAAUAUAAAUUAAUAUCUCAAACAGGACCAUCUCAUCGACCCAUUUUCACCAUGACUGUUGAAAUAAAUGGACAAAUAUUUGAAGGAAUGGCUGCAACAAAAAAAGAAGCAAAACAAUUAGCAGCCGAAAAAGCUCUUCGUUCAUUUGUACAAUUACCGUUUCCGUUAGAAUCAACAAAUAAUAAUGACAAUCAAAGUGGACAAGAAUAUCAAAAUACACAAGAUGAUGAGACAAUAUUGACAAAUGUUAUUGAUGACAGUAAUAUUGAUGAAAUGAAUAUAAAUGGUGUUAAUGACAAUAUCAUUGCAAAUCAAAAUCAACAACAAUCAAAUGAACCCAAAGAAAUUCAAAGUGGUAUGGGACCUUUGUAUAUACUCAAUCAAUUAAAACGUGAUGCCAAAUUUGAAUUAAUUAAUGAUAAUAUAAUAUCUAAUGAAAUAAUGCCUAAUGAAGUGAACGAAUUUAAAUUUUCUGUUAUGAUUGAUGGACAAACAUUUAUUGGAAUUGGACGAAAUAAAAAAUUAGCAAAAACUCGUGCAGCACAAUUAGCAUUAGAAAAAAUGUAUGGAAUGUGUUUUGAUAAAGAAGGUAGUUCAUCGAUUGAAAAUGAUACUUUACCAUCAACGUUGACAUAUUCAGGAAAAGAUUUGGCUGAUAAAGUAGCAAAUUGUAUUCAAGAAAAAUUUCAACAAUUAACAAUGAAUGAUGUUCGUUUACAACGUCGAAAAGUUUUAGCCGGUAUUGUUAUGACAAAAAAUUUUGAUUUAUCAACAAUGGAAAUUAUUUCAUUAACUACUGGUACAAAAUGUAUUAACGGUGAUAGAUUAGCAUUAAAUGGAAAGUCAUUGAAUGAUUGUCAUGCAGAAAUUGUUUCUCGUCGCUGUUUAUUGCGCUAUUGUUAUCAACAAUUAAUGCUAUUUUCUAAUGAAACAACAAGAAUAGAAUCAAUAUUUGAAUUAAAACACAAUAAACAAAAAUGUAGACUAAAAGAUAAUAUACAAUUUCAUUUAUAUAUUUCGACGUCUCCAUGUGGUGAUGGUCGAUUAUUUGCUCCUCAAGAACAACAACAGCAAGAUUCAAGAGAAGACAUGGUACCUAAUGUAUUAUUAAAUUCACAAAUGAGUCAUCCUUUAAGAAAAUCUCGAGGUUUACUUCGAACAAAAAUUGAAGCUGGCGAAGGAACUAUACCAGUACUUGCUAAAACAAUCUAUCAAAGUCUUCAAACGUGGGAUGGUGUAUUAGGUGGUGAACGCUUACUGACCAUGUCUUGUUCAGAUAAACUUUGUCGUUGGAAUUUUAUUGGUUUACAAGGUGCACUAUUGAGCGUGUUGAUUGAACCGAUCUAUUACACCAGUAUCGCAGUUGAACACAUUCCACAACCAUUUGGUUUACGGCGUCCAUUUAUUUCUGGAGUCUCGUGUCCUGAAAUGCGAACAACAAGUCGUGCACCAAAUCAUUGUUUAAUAUGGAAUUGUGUAGAUCAAACAAUUGAAGUUAUUGAAACCUCUACCGGUCUUCAAGCCAAUAAUGAACCGUCAACAGUCUCGAAAGCAUCAUUAUUUGAUCACUGGUUAAAAGCUAUGAAAGCCCUUAGAUCAGAUAUUGAUGUCGUACCAAAUAUCUAUUGUGAUGCUAAAAGUUUGUGUAAUGAUUAUCAACUAGCAAAAGCACAGGUUAGCAAAGCAUUUCAAAAAAACGGUCUUGGAUUAUGGAUCGUAAAGCCAUUUGAACAAGACGAAUUUGACUUAUAUCCGUUAGUAUCAGAUCCUCCGAUUAGUAUGAUUAUGAGCGAGAAUAAUAAUUAA